AUGUACAAUCAUCUAUUAAUCAUUCUUAUCGGUAGUAAUUUUUUAUUGUUAACAACAAGUUUAAUAAUUCAUAAACAACGUGCAAAAGAUCGUGAAGAAAUCUGUGUUAAAAAUCAUUUUCAAUCAAUAAUUACUAAUAAUUUACGUGUAUGUUAUAUAAAUAAUUAUCGAGAUCGUUCUAUUUUCAUUUGGUUUACAAUCGAACAAUCUCUAUUGAAUAUAUUUCAUGCAUAUCGUUUUACAUUACGAUCUAUCGAUGAAGUAUCUUUAUCAACUACUAAUAUUCAUAUUUUAACUAAUUUUACACAACUUAUUGAUUUAAAUAAUAGUUUACAUAUAUUAAAUCUUGAUAUUGGUCAAUAUGAAAUUUGUAUUGAUUUUCAAUCUUAUUCUAAAUCAUAUAUUUAUUCACCACGUAAUGGUUGUAUAUUUAUUCGACGAGGUGAAUUAUUACAUAGAUCAUUUAAACAAGGUUCAACACAAUUAUUUAUUACAUUAGUUAUUAGUAUUGUUCUUUUUCUAAUUAUUGGUAUUAUUGUUCAAUCAAUAAAAGUACAACGAAUAAGAAAACAUAAACAAUUAUCUAAUGAUAAUAAUAAAAAUAAAUCCUAUGAAGAAAAUCAAGAACAACAAUAUCAAAAUUCAAGUAUACUUUCAAGAGAAUCAUUAAAAAACCAACAUCAUGAUCAAUUUGUAAGUAAAUUAUUUCGUCGUCAUAUUGAUCAAUCUGAUACUUCACGUAUGCAACAAUGGAUAUGUAAUCGAAUUUUUCAUCAUCGUACUUCAAUAAAAAAUCAAAAAAUCAAACAAUUACAACAAAUUCAACGAAGAAAUAAACAAAUUUUGACGCCGACAUCAUCGAUGAGAAAGAUUAAUAUUCAAAAAAAUCAUUCAUCAUCAAUACCAACUUCGACUAAAUAUGAUAUUUAUACAAUUCCAAUGAAUAAAUUAUCACGAAAAAUUUCUUUUUAUUUAACUCCAUCAGAAGAAUUUGAAUUACUUUAG